AUGUCGGAGGCCGGCGAGAAGCUGGAGCCGGUGCUGGUUGCGUCGGCUCCCCGGUUUUCUCCCGUGGUGGGGGGGCGAGGGGGAGGGAAUGGUGGGGACGAUACCUCUGAAAUUGGAGGGGGUGGAGGAGGAGCAGUUGCGGUAGGGACGCUCGACGCGACCCCCCUCUCGGCUCUUUCCCCGGUGGCCGAAGAACCUGCAGGAGACACGAAGAAGAAAAUUGAUGUGUUGCUCAAAGCUGUUGGAGAUACUCCUAUAAUGAAGACCAAGAAAUGGACUGUAGAAAAAACUCGAACAAUACAAAGCCUAAUUGACUUCAUCAAAAAGUUUCUCAAACUUUUGGCCUCCGAGCAGCUGUUUAUUUAUGUGAAUCAGUCCUUUGCUCCUUCACCAGAUCAGGAAGUUGGAACACUAUAUGAGUGUUUUGGAAGUGAUGGCAAACUUGUAUUGCAUUAUUGUAAAUCUCAGGCCUGGGGAUGAAUUAAUAGCUACAGUUGCUUAAGACUAUUAGACAGUGGAUGGGGCUAAAAUAAUCUUCAGAGACAUUCCCCAUGGACAAAUGGAAGAAAUGUCUGCACUGUUGCCAUGGAAUUUUCUUUAUUUUUUCUUCUCUUUUUUCUGCCUGUCAGCAUGCGAGAAAAGUACCAAAACUCAUACUGAGGAAUAUGUAUAGUUCAAUUUCUUUGAUGACUUUCUUGCAGAAAUUAUCCCACCAUCUUUACAGCUGAACCUAGCUUUUGUCCAAGACGUGGCAUGUCUGUUCCUGGGAAACAGGCUCAUGCCUGACUUGGAGAGUACAUUUCACCAGGCUGUGUGGAGUUUACAGUCUCACUCUUUGAAGGAGCUUUAUUGUACAUGGAAAGCUUGAAGUAUCUGCAUCUGAGAUAAAUGGAUGUAUUUUCUA